AUGGCCAAAGGUAACACCAAACUGGUUCACAGAGAAACAAGGCUUUGGUGGUCUGCUGGUUCUGGUCUUUACUCUAGACCCGAGACCCUUGAGCGUAUUCUCACAUCUGUGGUCUUCUGUUGCAACCAUUCGAUACCCUCACGUUUUGCCCUCUUGUUUCAGAAGAGAGUGGUCCCAGAAAAGCCCUUCAUGUCCUUGUGCCACUUUUUAUCUUUAAGAAAAGGUAGAGGUGUUAUGAGAACCAUGAACAAACAGGGAGCCUGGUCCCAUCGCUGUCAUCCACUAAGUUUCAAACUUUUAUUUAUUAUUUGUGUGUGCUGUAUUUUAAACAAACAUUCUCUGUCCUAUCCAACUUGGUCACAGUGUGUCUGUGGCUUUCCAGUCCAAGCAGAUCAUUUAUUUAUUCUGAUCUGGGGACUGCACAUCACGGUGCUCUGUGGCCAUUUGUUCUAG